AUGAGUAACAGGUAUAAUAUAACUUUAUCCUUUGUUUAUCCUCCAAAUUUCAGCGACAUGUCCCAAACAAUCGCCGGCCUGCUGGAGGAGGUGUCUCCCAUCCAAAAGACAGCCCACAACAAGGUGACGGUGGUCGGAGUUGGGCAAGUUGGCAUGGCUUGUGCGUACAGCGUCCUUCAACACAACGUUGCGAGUGAGAUCUGUCUGGUGGAUGUGGUUCCGGACAAGCUGCGGGGAGAAAUGAUGGACCUUCAGCAUGGUCUGGCCUUCACCAGACCUUGCACUGUGCGUGCAUCGACGGAUUACGCGAUUACGGAGGGCUCCAAGAUCUGCGUGAUUACUGCCGGAUGCAGGCAACGGGAAGGCGAAACCCGGCUGUCACUGGUGCAGAGAAAUGUCGAGAUCUUCAAGGGAAUUGUUCCCAAUUUGGUCAAGUACAGCCCCAACACCAUUAUUCUAGUUGUUUCGAAUCCAGGUAAGAGCUUUGGGAAACUUGUUGUUGUAGUUGAUAAUCAAGGUGAAGAUUGGAUGGAAAACCAAAUUUUUGAUCAAAAUAUGAACUAAUUUAGAUAUGAGUAGAUUAAAAAAAGUGUCUUCUUGCUUCUGAUUUUCCUUUGUUUUAGUUUGUAAGCUUAUUUAGCCGUGUUCUGACCAAUUUUAUCUUACACAUGAGAUCAGAAGGAAAAAAUGAUGUUUUAAGUUAGAUACCUGUUGAAUUUUAGCUAACCAAAGCCGUAAAUUUAAUUUCACGGUUAAUUCUAUUCUAUUUUCAGUCGAUGUGCUAACUUACGUUACCUGGAAACUCUCCGGGCUUCCAAAAGAACGUGUCAUCGGCUCCGGAACCAAUUUGGACUCUGCGCGCUUCCGCUUUUUGCUCUCCGAGCGUCUUCAAAUAGCUCCAUCGAGUUGUCACGGAUGGAUUAUAGGAGAGCACGGUGAUACUUCAGGUAAUUUUUUGACAUUUUAAAAUUUUCGAAUUUUAUAUUACAUUUGGUUCUAUCUGAUGGGGAAAAUGGUCGAUUUGAGGUGGAAAAAGUUGUGGGAUGAGUUGAUUAUGUAGUAAAUGAGAUAUUAGAUGUAAUAAAGGGUUUUUUAAUUUCAGUCCCGGUCUGGAGCGGAGUCAACGUGGCCGGUGUUCCGCUAGUGAAAGUGAACCCCAAUAUUGGCACUCAGAUCGACUCGGAUCAUUGGGCACAGCACAUUCAUCAAGGCGUGGUCGACUCGGCCUAUGAGAUCAUCAAACUGAAGGGGUACACUUCUUGGGCCAUUGGUCUGUCGGUCUCCACCAUCGUCACGGCGGUCAUGCACAACAGCCGACAUGUUUUUGCCCUAUCAACCAAUGUUAAAGUAAGGUUUUCGAAAUUUUUUUCAAUUUUUUAUGGUUUAGAAAACUCAGUGUCAAGUGUAAUAUAUUAUUAUACUUGUUGUGAUCCUGAUGUUUCUAGGGCUUCCAUGGCAUCGACGACGAAGUGUAUUUGUCGCUUCCCGCCGUUCUCGGCGCCAAUGGAAUCACUCAUAUUGUGAAACAAAACCUCUCCGAACAGGAAGUGGAGCAAUUGAAGAAGUCCGCCAAGGCUCUGGCCGAAGUUCAGAAGGGCCUAAGCCUGUAG